GACAAUUUAAGUCAUUUGCAUUAUAAGUAAAAACCUUACAUUUAGUGGUUUUAGUCACCCCAUCUACCAUACAUUAGCUACUCAUUCACAACCACCACCAAAAGCCAUGUCAUCUCCCUCUUUCUCCGCCGUCACCACCACCACCCCCAACUCGAACACCACUCACGUACUAGCCUUUCCAUUCCCAGCACAAGGCCACAUGCUUCCUUUCCUAGACUUCAUUCACCAACUAGCACUCAAAGGGCUAAAUAUCACCAUUAUAGUCACCCCUAAAAACCUACCUAUCAUAAACCAACUCCACUCAACUCACCCAAACUCUAUUCAUACAUUAGUCUUACCCUUCCCUCUUCACCCCAAACUCCCUUUAGGUAUCGAAAAUGUUAAAGAUAUAGGAAAUUUCGGAAUACCUCCCAUCAUUGCAUCCCUUAGCAAACUAGAAGGAGAAGUUAUACAAUGGUUUCAAUCCCACCCUUCUCCUCCUCGAGCAAUUAUCUACGACUUUUUCUUUGGAUACACCCAACUUUGGGCUAAAACGCUCAACAUACCAACAAUUACAUUUUGCACCUCAGGGGCAUUUUCAACUUGUUUUUUUCAACGUCUAAUGACAAACAUGAACGAGUUUCGUAAUUUAGACGCUGUACAAAUGCAAGAUAUUCCUAGAUGCCCUUCCUUUCAUAAGGAUCAAUACCCUUCUUUAUUUGAAAAAUAUAAGGAGGAUGAUUCUGAUUGGCAAAUCAUUAAAGAAUGUAUUCUUACAAAUCCUAAGAGUUGGUGUUAUGUUGUCAAUUCUUUCUAUGACUUAGAAGGGGAAUAUAUAGAUCAAUUAAAAAUCGAUUUGGGUCAUGAUAGAGUAUUUAGUGUAGGUCCAUUAACCUCAUCACUAGGUGUUAACAAGAGGGUUAACCCGGAUUCGGAUGUUGGUUAUGGUGUACUCAAGUGGCUUGAUAAAUGCCCGGAUGAGAGUGUUUUGUAUGUUUGUUUCGGGAGUCAGAAACUACUAACACAACCGCAAAUCGAGGCUCUUGCACUAGGGCUAGAACGAAGCAAGACACGGUUUGUGUGGGUGGUCAAGGUAGAGGGUAGCCAAUGGGUCCCACAAGGGUUCGAGGAGCGAGUCUCUGACCAGGGUUUAGUGAUAAAGGGGUGGGCCCCACAAGUUGAGAUUUUAAACCAUGAAGCAAUAGGCGGGUUUGUGAGUCAUUGUGGAUGGAACUCGAUACUAGAGAGUGUACUAGCCGGGGUGAUGGUUUUAGCUUGGCCAAUGGAAGCUGAUCAGUUCCAAAAUGCCAAGUUGGUUGUAGAGUAUGCAGGGUUGGCGUUUCGUCUAUGUGAAGGUGAACACACGGUACCCGACUCGAAUGAAUUGGCUCGGAUCAUCGAUAAGUCGAUGUCGAUCAGUGAGAAUGUACCACAGAAGGAGAAUGUUAAGGUGAUGAGGCAAAAGGCUUUAGAAGCAAGGAAUGUUGGUGGGAGUUCAUUAACUGAUCUUAAUGAGUUGGUGAAAGAGUUGAGCCAAAAUGUUGCAUCAAAUUCAAAUACUUGAAACUCAAUGAAUAUCAUUCACUUCUAUUUUUAAGAAUUUGUGUUCUGUCUUGUGUGUAAGAAGUUCCAUUAUACCUACAUCCCUAACCAAAAGCAAAAAACAAAAAAUUGCAUGUAUUUGCCAAUCAUUGAUCAAUAAUCUCUUCACGUAUUUGGUAAAGAGAAAAUUA